AACAAGCCUACAACUUCAUCUUCUUCAGACCCCAAACCCUUCUAAAAUCCUAUCACUCAAUUCACACAUUUUCAACCAUGUCGAUUUCCAAAGCUGCCCUUCUGCAAACAAUCGCUCUAGCCUACCGCCCUCGCAUCCCUCCGCUGUUUUCCGCCGUCCGCCAAAUGUCUUCCGCGGCGCAGGAAGAAGCCGCCGCCGAAAGUCGCCGUCGUAAGCGUCGUAUUCGCAUGGAGCCACCUCUCAACAGAUCCAAUCAACCUCAAAUCUCUAGACCUAUCCAGAACCCAAACAUCCCGAAACUACCAGAAUCAGUAUCGGCUCUCACCGGAAAACGCCUCGAUCUCCACAACCAUGUCCUAAAACUAAUCCGAGAGAACGAUCUCGAAGAAGCCGCUCUCUACACUCGUCACUCCGUUUAUUCUAACUGCCGCCCGACGAUUUUCACCGUCAACGCCGUUUUGACGGCGCAGCUCCGUCAGUCAAAGUACGGGGCGCUUCUGCAUUUACACGGUUUCAUCAACCAAGCUGGCAUCGCCGCCAAUAUCAUCACCUACAACUUGAUCUUCCAGGCUUAUCUUGACGUUAGAAAGCCUGACGUUGCUCUGGAACAUUACAAGCUGUUUAUAGAUAACGCGCCAUUGAAUCCUUCCAUUGCUACUUUUAGGAUUCUUGUUAAGGGUUUAAUUGAUAAUGAGAGUCUUGAGAAAGCCGUGGAGAUUAAGGAAGAUAUGAGUGUUAGAGGUUUUGGUCCUGACCCUGUUGUUUAUAGCUAUCUAAUGAUAGGUUGUGUGAGGAAGUCUAAUGCUGAUGGUGUCUUUAAGCUUUAUGAGGAGUUGAAGGAGAAGCUUGGUGGGUUUGUUGAGGAUGGUGUGGUUUAUGGGCUGUUGAUGAAAGGCUAUUUCAUGAAAGGGAUGGACAAGGAAGCUAUGGAUUGUUGUGAGGAAGCUAUUGGAGAUAACUCAAAGAAUAGGAUGAGCGCUAUAAAGAAUAGGAUGAGCGCUAUGGCUUAUAACUACGUGCUUGAGGCUUUGAGUGAGAACCGGAAGUUUGACGAGGCUUUGAAGUUGUUUGAUGAGAUGAAAAGGGAACAUGAUUCACCGAGGCGUUUGGCUUUGAAUUUGGGGAGUUUUAAUGUGAUGGUUAAUGGGUAUUGUGGUGAAGGAAAGUUUGAGGAAGCAUUGGAGGUUUUCAGGCAAAUGGGUGAGUUUAGCUGUAGUCCUGAUACUUUAUCAUUCAACAAUCUGAUGAAUCAGCUGUGUAAGAACGGAUUGUUGGCAGAGGCUGAGAAGCUUUACAAUGAAAUGGACGAGAAGAAGGUGAAGCCUGAUGAGUACACUUAUGGUUUGUUGAUGGAUACUUGUUUCAAGGAAGGUAAGAUAGAGGAAGGAGCUGCGUAUUACAAAACGAUGGUUGAGUCGAGUCUGAGAACAAACUUGGCGGUGUAUAACCGGUUGCAAGAUCAGCUGGUUAAAGCCGGGAAACUCGACGAUGCGAAAUCCUUCUUUGAUAUGAUGGUGAGCAAGCUCAAGAUGGACGACGAGGCUUACAAAUUCAUGAUGAAGGCGUUAAGUGAAGCUGGGAGACUGGACGAGAUGCUUAAGGUUGUGGACGAGAUGCUGGGUGAUGAAACUGUUAGAGUGAGUGAAGAAAUACAAGAGUUUGUGAAAGAAGAGCUGAGGAAAGGAGGAAGAGAGGAUGAUUUGCAGAAACUUAUGGAUGAGAAAGAGAGAUUGAAAGAGGAGGCAAAGGCGAAAGAGUUAGAAGCAGCAGAAGCCAAGAAAAGGAGUACAAAUGUUAGUAUAGCUUCAUUAAUGAGUCCAAAACUAGAAGAAGAAAAGAAAGAGAGGUAAAAGAUGCUUUGGGAUAAUAAUGGUGUUGUUGAAGAAGUCAAUGUAGGAGCCCAAGGAGAAGAAGGCGUGAAUAAGCUAUGAUCCACCUUUUUUUAUUAUGCCAGGAUUUUUGCAAAGUCAUUUUUUCAACCUUGCUUCUGGUUUCAUAAAAAUAUUAUUAUUAACAUGGUUUCAAAA